GAUAUUUAAGCAUGGCCUCCGCAAGAUAUGGAAGUUUACUGUGCCGUGCAUCAAAUUGUGUAAAUAAUUGCCUUCUGAAGGAAAAUGUGUCAAUUUCAAGAGUCCUUGUGAAUCAUCAACCAGCAAGAGGACGGAAACGUACAUCCGUUCCACCAGCCUGGUUUGUUCAAGUGGAACCAAGACAACGAAGCCGAGAUUUGACCCGAGAAAACAGGGACUUCCUGCAAGAGUUGGCUGUAGAUGUGUUCAAAACCAGCAGAAGUCCACUCCGAGACGAGCCCUGGGAUCGGGAAGAGUACACAAAAAGGACUUUCCGGACAGGUGUUUUGGCAUUGAAGAUAGGAGUGGUACCCCAGUGGACUACAGAUGGACAGAAGAUAUUCACCACCAUGCUACAGGUACUUGACAACCAUGUGAUCCGCUACACGCCUCCAGAAAAAUACCAGGUUUCCGCUGGAUGGAAGCCAUGGAGGAAGAACAAGUAUGGUGUCGUUGUUGUCGGCGCUCUCAGCUGUGAUCCCAGUGAGUUCUCAAAGGACUACAACAACCUGUUCGCAGAGGCAGGUGUCCCACCCAAACGCAGACUCACCAGAUUCCUUGUUACAGAAAAUGCCAAAGUUCAGCCAGGGACCCCCUUGAGUGUCAUGCACUUCCGAGUUGGGGACUAUGUUGACUGCCAGGCAAAAACGGUGGAUCACGGGUUCCAGGGGGUUGUGAAGAGAUGGGGCUUCAAGGGACAGAGCCAGACCCACGGGGUCACAAAGGCCCACAGACGGAUGGGGUCUAUAGGAGGUGGUGGGGACAAGGGAGGUAUCUGGAAGGGCAAGAAGAUGCCGGGACACAUGGGGAACGACUGGAAAGCUCUCAAGGGCCUCAGGAUAUGGCGAAUCAACACAAAGUACAACAUCUUGUACGUGCAGAGCUCCUGCAUCCCGGGGGAGAACCACACCUUCGUCAGGGUCAUGGAUACUGUGCUGCCCCUCCGUCAGCCCAGCCAGGAUGCCCCGCCCCCAAUGCCCACGUGGUUCCCUGAGGACUCCGACCAACCCAUCUCGGAGGAGUAUUUUCACGACAACCUUUUCAACUUCAAAUUACCCUCUAUACAGUAUGAACCCGAGGAAGAGGUUGUGAAGAAACGAUAGACUUUUCAAUGUGUGUGUGUGGAUGUGUUUAUGUGAUAUGAAGAUAUUGGUACAAGUGAACAUGUACAAACAUUAAUACGGUUGGACUAAUUGUAUCAGUGGCGCAUUCAUCUUCCCGAGGCAAGGGCGUUGACUGACUAAAAGUCCAGUUUCCACCCUUGUCAAACUAGGCUGGAAUUCCGGAGUUACAUUU